AUGGCCGUACACCAUCGACUUUUCUGGGGUGUAGUUAUUGCAGCGAUCUUCUUCUAUGCAGCAGUGCCCCAGCCAUGGCGAGACUUGAUAUCUCCGUUGAAUCUCCAAAAUCAUAAGUCAAAGCAAUCUCCAUAUGGGCGUUUUCCGCGAUUCAACGAUGCAUUUCAUUUCGUACCCUGUACCAACACAUCUGUCCUACCCGACCUCGAUGACGCCAACCCAGAAAAGUCAUGGGCAAGUACAUUCAAUCCAAAUCCGAUCCACUGGAGCUGGGGUUACAGGGAUCCGUUCGCAGGUCGUGGCAUCUAUCUCUGCGGAUAUCUAGAUCUGCCAAUGGACUACACGAACGCGUCUGAUCAACGAAUCGUGCGUCUAGCAGUCACGAAGUACCAAGUCUCUGGACUCGCUCGCACCGGCUCACCACCCACCAAGUCAGGCCAGAAGAGUGCACGUACUCUUGUCAUCGAACCUGGCGGACCAGGUGGUAGUGGGACAAGCUAUGCAUGGCAUGCCGCUGAGAAUCUGACGCAGCGCUUAUCUUUCGGACAGUAUGAUGUUCUAGGAUGGGACCCACGAGGUGUAAAUGCCUCUCUUCCAUCAGUCUCUUGUUUCCCCUAUGACUCAGAACGCGAUCGGUGGUCGCUCCUCGGAGGCACGUAUCGCGAGACGGCGAGUUCGCCAGAUUCACAAUUGGCCAUAGCAGAUGCGAUGAAUGAAGCUGUUUUGAAUGCCUGUCGUGAGAAAUAUGGCGACUUUGCGCGCUUUGUGAGCACAGCAUUUGUUGCACGGGAUAUGGAAGAGAUCAGAAAGGCGCUUCGCGAAGACGAUUUGACGGCGUAUCUGGUCAGUUACGGGACCGGAAUUGGACAGACCUAUGCGAACAUGUUCCCUGAGAGUGUUGGGCGCAUUGUCAUGGACGGCAUGGAGUAUGUCCGAGACCAUCGUUUGCUCGGUGGAUUUGGAUGGACAGCUCUCGACAAUUCCACAAACGCUUGGCACGACGGCUUCCUAGGCGAGUGUUUGGAUGCAGGUCCUGAUCAGUGUGCACUGGCUCAGGCCAAGAGCAAAGAAGUUGUAUCAGUAGACAGCUUGGAAAAACGGAUGACAAGCCUAAUUUCUUCUCUUCUCUCCCGGCCAGCAGUUGGCUACACUGCCCUUGCCGGUCCGUCGCUAAUCACCUACUCGUCGCUCAUCGACCUUAUCUACAUGUCUAUGUACAACGCUUUUACGUGGCCAGAACUUGCGCAACUGCUUUCCGACCUUGAAGACGGCAAUUCCACCCUCGUAGCCAAGGCUCUGGAAUCCAAAAGAUGGACAUACAAUCCCACACACCCCUUACCUCCACACCCGCUAUCCGAAGAGUUAGGGAUACUCGUCAUAUGCGCCGAUUCCUACGAUGCCCCGCAGCCAGAGAACCUCGACUGGUGGGGUGACUUGUGGCAUAACAUGACAACACAGAACUGGAUAGCUGGAAACUCACGUUUCUUCGACGUUCUACCCUGUCGACAGUUCAAAAAUCUCUGGGAGGCCCCAGCGGAGCUAUAUCGUGGCGACCUGAACCAUACCCUGAAACACCCUGUUCUACUCAUCUCGGAGACAUACGAUCCCGCUACGCCUCUGCGCAAUGGACGCAGGCUGCUUGCUGAGAUGGGUCGAAAUGCGCGGAUGGUUGUUCAUCACGGGUAUGGACAUUCGUCUAGAGACUCGUCCAACUGCACGGAUGAUAUUGCGAGGACGUAUCUACUACACGGCAGACUUCCAGAAGAGCAAGAGACAAAUUGCUACGCAAACGAAAAGCCGUAUCGCUAUAAGCUUAGUUCAUCGAUGUUGCAAUCGAUCAGCAUGUAUAGUAACGGUGCAUUAUUCUAG